GUGUUAAUCAUGUCUCUACCCAGAAUUAGAUGCCACUUGGUCAGUACGCGGUACGUCAGGGAUUAAGUUUAAUAGGCUUCUCUCGUCUGACGCAGUCGACAUGUCUUAAACACGAAUGUAGCCCUCAAUUUUAGGAUUUUUCGCGGACUAUGGACAUAAUUUGUUACCUACUAGUUAUAGCUUUACUCAACAUCCAGGCGUAUGAAACGUUUUCUCAAUGUUUAAGCGGUUGCAGCUGUGUAGAAGACCGUCGUGGAAGGUCACUCAUAUGUAUGGAGGAGAACGCGUUCGGGGCCAUACCAGACAAUCUUCCAGAUGAUAUGACCAAAAUACGAAUAGAAAAAUCUCACUUCACUGAAAUACCCAGAGGGGCAUUCUCGAACACGCCCGCUCUGGAGAACUUGUGGUUGAACUUUAAUGAUAUCACAGUGAUAAACUCAAAGGGUCUGGAGGGUUUGGGGAACUUAACCGAGCUCCGUCUGCAAGGUAACAGGCUCCGUUCAGUACCAUGGACAGCGUUCGAGGACGCGCCGGCCCUCAAGAUCCUGGACCUGAAGUACAACCAGCUGGACGUCCUGCCGGAGCAUGCGUUAAAGUUUUUGCCAGGUCUGACUUACUUAGACUUGUCCUUCAAUCGGCUUACGGUCAUAUCGAAGGAAGUCUUCAUAAACUGGCCUCUCUACCAAAAACUACAGAGCACGGAAGAGCGAGACGCGACCGCUUUCGGGCCGAACGUCGUCCUGGCGCUCCACGACAACGCGUGGCUUUGCGACUGCCGCCUGAAGGGCUUCGUGGAAUUCAUCAGGUCCCUGCGCCCCCCAAUUAUACUGAUGAACUCGUACUUGACCUGCUCAGGGCCGGACUUUAAGGCGGGCAAGUUCUUUCAUGAGGUAGAGCUGCAGGCGUGCGUAAAGCCCAUCGUCACCACCCCUUUCUCCAACCUCAGCCUGCCUCAGGGCGCAAACGUCACCCUGCGCUGCCUCGCCAAGGCCAGGCCAGACCCUGCGGUGUGGUGGACAUAUGGCCUGAAGAUAAUCAGAGGAUUUCAUGAGUCUCAGGAAAGAGUGGGCGAAGACACCAUCAGAUCCCUCCUGGUGAUCCCAUUCCUUCAUGCAGCUGACCGUGGUGUCUACACCUGCACUGCCAUCAACUUCAUUGGAAACUCCUCUGUCAGCAUCCUCCUGGAUGUCCAAUCUCCUGAAGGCUCCCAGCCAUCGCUCCUCCCUGGUAACCCGACUCCACCACCUGCUGCCGGUAGUGAAAACGUCUACAUUGACAUCCGCAUCGCCAAACAGACAGUACGUGGUAUCACCAUUGAGUGGUACGCCGCCUUGGACCGUCCAGCUGAAACGUGGUUCACAAUCCACUUUGGCGACGUAGGUACUGAUAAGAAAGAAAUGGUCUACAUCGGCCCUGGGAUUCACUCUUACUCCGUCUCUGAUCUGAUGCCUGCUACCAAAUAUGAAAUCUGUGUGACCCUUAAGAACCAGAUACCACGUCCUGGCCAGUGCAUUGUAUUUGUAACAGGAAGUGACAUUACUGAGAUGGAACAGAGGGAGAAGCUGAUUCAUAUAGUGGUGAUAGUUUUAGCCAUGGUGCUCGCUGUGCCUAUAGGUAUGUUUGCCUGCACCACUGACACUAAGUUUGCCUGCCUGGAGGGUAUCAUGGAGUCCUGGAAGAACCGGCAGAGGGAAAGAAGCUCCCCCCAGGUUGAGCGGGAAAGGCAGGGCACCUUCGACAGCCUGCAGGCCGCCAGCGACGAGGGCCUAGUUAAUAAAGAUUCCAGUGAAGACAGGAAGGUGAGGAGGAGGUCAGAGGACAGACAACAUAAAGGCAAAGCCGACCACAGCAGACAAACAGCUGAACUGUAUUAAAUUAUUUGUGAAACCAACAAGGGAAAACAUGAAACUGACCUUAUAAUAGACCAGUGUUUCAUCUUUUAUCUGUUCUUUUUCUAAAAUAUAAUAGAAAAAUGUAUCUGCUGUAUGAUACUAACUUUAGUAAUUUUAUAAGUACAAUAUAAAGAAGAAUCACCAUGUUGUCUGCCUUGUUUUUAAUCUCAUCUCUUCCUCUGUUCUAGGCCGGGGAGUUUGAUGCAAAGAUGUGAAUGAUGACCAUUAUGUCAAGAGUGUAAUUCAAGGAUUUCUACCACUGUUUGCUGUUUAUUUUCUGUCGGAAACAUGACAUGUUCGUCUUGUUAUCAAAUGUUUAAAUGUCAAUCAUCCCUCAUUUUAAACUGCUGCUAUAUGUGAAGCCUUUGUGAUUCAUUUAAAGGAACAUGCCGACUUAUUGAGACUUUAGCUUCUCAGCCCCAGAGUUAGAUAAGUUCAAACAUACACUUCUCAUCUCCGUGAAUGUCAUGUCUCUGUCCGACGCACCCACCGAUAGCCUAGCUCAGCACAGAUCCUGGAGGUAACCGGCUCCAAUUAGCCUUCUGCUCCUAAUAAGUGACAAAAUAACGGCAACAGUUUCCUAUUUACCUGUUGUGAUUUUCUGUGGAGAAUAGUUACCAGUGUGUAUACGGUUAGAAGAUGAUGAAUAGGAAAAUGUUGGCGUUAUUUUCUCACUUACUGGUAGCAGUAGGCUAGAUGGAGCCAGUUACCUCUAGAAUCUGUGCUGAGCUAGGCUAGCGGUGGGUGCGUCAGACAGAGUAACGACACGCAUGGAGAUGAGAAGGGUAUGUAUGAACUUAUCUAACUCUGGGGGACACGGUGAACAAGCUAAAGUCUCAAUAAGUCGGCAUGUGCCUUUAAAUCUAGGAGUGCUCAAAAUUGCUUCUGAUGAAUAUAUUUUUUACCAAGUCUUUCAGUAGUAAGUACAUAUUUUAGCUUUAGGUCAUUCUUUGUUAGCAAUUCAAUGUUGUUUUAUAUAUUUAUCUAUUUAUCAGACUAAUUUCUUUUCAGCUCAACAUUGUCAAUUCAGUUGACAUAAUUGUACGCUAAUGUAAUACUGGAUCUGGAACAAGAAAAAUAUCUUAAGUUAAUAAUAACUAACUUACUAAUAUGUGUUGUUAUUUUUUUGCCCUUUGAAAGAGCAAGAAGACACGUAUCAUCUAUCAGUGGAUUUGGGUAAAUAGAGAGAAUAUAAAAUCUGUCAUUACAGCUUUUCAUUUAAAAUGGA